AUGGAGGUGUCCUUCAUAGUGUACAUCUCUCUGGCCUUCUUCACCUUGUUCGGUCUAGUCCUUGUACUGCUGCUGCACCUUUUGCCGUCUGCGAUGACCGGUAUCCCAACUAUCAAGCGGAUCAAUACAGUGCUGUUCAUGUUGGUGAUCAACGCGGCCGUGCGCUGUGCUAUUGCGGCCGUAGAUGUCACCGCAAACAGGAGCUCAAGCCGCUCAGCCUGUUCCAUCGAUUCCAUCUGGACUAUGUAUACAACAUACGUUGUGUAA